AUGGGGAGCUACGUCUCGUGCGCGCUCUCCGGCGGCGACAGCGUGGGGUCGGCCAGUGUAGUCCUCCCGGGCGGCGAGGUGCGGCGCGCCGAGGGGCCGGCCACGGCGGCGGAGUUCAUGCUCGACGCGCCGGGGCACUUCCUCGUCAGCUCGCGGUCCGUGCACGUCGGCCGCCGGUUCGCGCCGCUCGCGGCUGACGAGGAGCUGGAGGCGGGGCAGGUGUACGUCAUGUUCCCGAUGAAGCGGGCGAACGCGGUGGUGUCCGCAGCGGACAUGGCGGUGCUGCUGGCGGCCGUGCGGAAGGAGAUGGGCGGCGGGAACACGAGGGUGCUGCCAGACGCGGCCGCGGAGAAGAUCACGUCGGAGUUGGGGGAGGAAAGCGAAGCGGCGCCGGCGGUGGUUGAGCUCGAAGAGUUCCAGUACAGGUUGAGCCUGUCCAGGUCGAGGAGGCCAAACCUGGAGACCAUCCACGAGGAAGGCAUUCGCUCAAGAUGA